ACCAACCAACCAACCAAGCAAGCAAGAGAAUACUGUCUCGCUUCGGCCAUGGCGUCCGCCACCGCCACCUCCUCCUCGUCGUCUUCCUCCCAUGACCAAGACCAACACGCCAGCGGCGAGUCGUACAUAGAGUGCUUCAGGUACUCGAGGCGCGCCACGCUCCGCUCCGUCGUCGGCCGCCCCGACGGCGGAGCCGGGCUGGCCGGGGAGCGCGCGGUGGUCGGCGGGUGGGUGAGGUCCUCCGACGUCGUCAGGGCGAGGCGUGCUGCUGGCUCCUCCGCCGCGUCGGCGUCGGCGUCGCCGGAGGCGGAGACCGCCGCCACCGGCCUGACGUGCACGGAGGUGUUCAUGUCCCGGGUGCCGCUCAUCCGCUGCAUUGCCAGGCUCGUGGCCGGCGGGGUCAGCGCCGCCGCGUCGGGCGGCUCGGCACGCCGGCCGCGCGCAGGCAUUGCGCUGGUGCGCAUCAACGACGGCUCCUGCGUCGCUGAUCUCCAGAUAGUCGUCGACUCGUCUCUCUGCCCUCUUGAUCAGCUCACUGCUACCGGAGCAUGUGUUCUUGUGGAAGGCAAGAUAGAGCAGGUGGAAGGAGCAGCAUCAGCAUCGCCGCAGCACGCCAUGCAGAUGAAGGUGGACAAGAUCCUGCACAUUGGUGCCGUGGAUUCAGACAAGAAGUACCCGCUGUCGAAUGCGCAUCCAUCCCCGGAUAUUGUCAGGGCCAAUCCGCAUCUCGCUGCUCGUACAGCCGCGGUUGCCUCAACUGCUCGUGUACGGAGCGAAUUGGUCCAUGCAGUCCAUGCGUUUUUCCAGUCCAACGGGUUCUUCCAUGUGAAUACACCCAUCAUAACAACAACCAGUGCAGGAAACCGCGGCAAGAUGUUCCGGCUAAUCCGCAUCUUCAGCAAAUCAGAUGGUGACAGUAGGAUCACACCUGAAGUUGUCAGAGCUGCGAUCAAAUCGAAGACGAAGCAGGUCGAAGCACUGAAGAGAAGUGAGAGCAACAGAGAAGCCCAUGAAGCUGCAGAGCAGGAUCUUCAGAGGGCCACUGCUCUUUCAGGGCAGCUCGAGCAAGAUGACUUCUUUCACUGUCCAGCCUACCUGACACCCUGCCACACCCUUCAUCUCGAGACAUAUGCCUGCGCACUCAGCAGCGUCUACACAUUCAGCCCAGCAUUCCAGGCUGAAAGCUUGGAUUCUGACACUGACAGGUCUAUGGCUGAGAGGUGGACAGUUGAUGUGGAGCUUGCCUUCGCCGAGCUUGAGGAUGCGAUCUCCUGCGCUGAGGAUUGUCUGAAGUCACUCUGUAGCACGGUGUCCAAAGAUUGUUCAGAUGAGCUCAAGUUUCUAUCGUCCAGUCAGGCAGGUGGUGAGACUAAUAGCGUUAUUGAAUCUGCAGUGUCAAGCGCCUGGCAAAAGAUUAAGUACAGUGAAGCUGUCAGUACUCUUCUUCAGGUCACAGAUAAAACUUUUGAAUCAAAAAUUGAGUGGGGCUUGGCACUGUCACAAGAACAUCUGAGUUACCUAGCCGAUGAUUUAUACAAGAAGCCAGUUAUCAUAUAUGAUUACCCCAAACAGUUGAAGCCAUUUUAUUCACGCCUGAAGGAAGAUCUGAGGACAACCUCUGCCUUUGACUUGGUUCUGCCAAAGGUUGGCAUUGUGGCAUGUGGAGCUCAAAAGGAGGAAAGGAUGGAUAACUUAACCUCCAGGAUUGAGGAGUCAGGGCUGCAGAUUGAGCAGCUGGAAUGGUACCUGGACACACGCAGGCAUGGCACUGUAAAGCACUCCGGUUUCAGCAUAGACCUGGAGCGCCUCGUCUUGUUCGUCACCGGCCUCAAGGACGUCCGAGACACGAUCCCCUUCCAUAGAACCAAAGGUCAUGCAAAAUGUUAGGGAGCAGAUCAGAUCAGAUCAGAUCGAAAUCAUAUGGAAUCAGAAACUGUGCUAUCUUCUGCCAAUUGCUCGUAAAUAUAUACCCGGUACGGUCAUGUGGUUUUCCAUGGAGAAGAAAAGAAUCUGUACUGAAAGUUUAAUUGUAAAAGCCCAGAGGAAUAUAAA